AUGGAUGACUUGCUCGAUCUCAGCUGGCAGCCGACUCAGGCAAAAGCUCAGUCGAAGCAGCAAUCAUCCUCGUCGUCCAUCUUCAACACCACCUCUGCCAAGGCGAGCAACGCCAACUACUACGGCUCUUCUUCUUCGUUCACCACCUCAUCUUCUGGCAAUCAAUCUCCAGCUCCUGGCGCUGCUUCUGCUACAGCUUCAAAACCCAUGACAAGUGCGAGUAGCGAUGCUUUCUCGUCGCUAUUCUCCUCCUUAUCCGCCGCCAAGCAGGAAGCCAGCUUGAGCUUGGCCGAGCGACAAAGACUCGCCAGGGAGCAGGCAACACAAAAGGCUCAGGAUGACAAGCGACGGAACGAUGCAAUGUGGUCAGGCAUCGAAUCCACCUCGUUUGGCGGCCCAAUUGCUUCCGCUCGUCCCUCCCACACAUCUCAACCGCCAUCAAUAGCUCCCGUUCAGCGUCUCGGGUCACCAGCUAAGCCCAGCCCAGCUAAGCCAGCCUCAGAUCCUUUCGAUUUCGACGCCUUCUCUUCCGUGGUACCGAACAAUUCGAGCAGCAAAUCCAAGUCGACCCUAUCAUCAAUGACUACUGCCCCGUCCAAAGCUCAAACGAAAGCAAAUGACCCAUUCGACUUUGACAGCUUCGACCAGCCCUUCUCCUCUGCACCAAAAGUAGCCGUACAUGCCGAACCCGGCGACCAGUCCGACGACAUCCUCGGUGCACUCGCUAUGCCUGUCUCUGCUACACCGAACGAGUCUCUAUCAGCGCGCGACCCACGCAUCGCGACACUCUCCAGCUCCACUUCCACCUCCUCCGCGGGCAGCUCCAGAGUCCCAUCUCCAGCCAGUGGCAGUCGUCCUGCCAUCGGGCGCUCUGCUCCAGGGCGGAAGAGUUCGCCUCCGCCGCACACUAUCGGUCAGAUUGUAGAGAUGGGCUUCACUCCGCAGCAGGCAAGGCAAGCACUUGCACGGACCGACACGGGCACCGACGUCGAGGCAGCGCUCGAGCUGCUCGUCGGAAACGGCAACGCACCGCACGGCGCAGACGACCAAGACGAGCGGCUCGCACGUAAGCUCCACGCCAGGGAGCAGAAACAAGCCCAAUCUCAAGCAGCUCCCUUCCACGAUUCGUACGAUGAUGACUUUGAUCCAAAGGAGGUCGCUCGCCAGAUCAAGCAACACGGGCAAAAAGAUCAGCCCGAGCAGCGUCAGCGCCAGCGGAGCAACAAUGAAGCUAGGCGUGGAGCGGCCGGCACCGACAACGAAGGAGGUGCUGAUUGGCAGCAGCAGGCUGAUCAGCUGUAUGCCCAAGCAUCCGAGAUCGGCACCUCCGUCUUCAACAAGGCCAGCGCCUUCUGGUCAACCGCCAAAGCCCAAGCGCAAAAGGCGCUGGACGAGCAUAACCGCGCGGGAGCCGAGCGUAGCUCCACGCCGUCAGAUGCUGGCAGCGACCGCCAUCGAGCACGUAGAUGGGGCGCUUCCUCGGCAGCUCCGAAGAAUAAGGAGUGGGAAGGAAAGCCCAAAUGGAUGAUCGAGGCCGAGCAGGCUGAAGCCAACGAAGCGAAUGGCACCGGCAGCCACGCCUCGCAGCUCAAGCAGAGCGCCGAUGGUCCGGCAGAGGUUGGUGGUUUCAAGGAUUCCGACAACGAAGACGAGGCGAUUGCACCGGAGCCGCCGACCCGAGCCCCUCGUCGGCCCGCUGCGCCUGCAAGCGCUGCAGCUGCCAGUGGUGUCGCCGCUGCUGCAUCUGCCAUGUCCUCUGUCGCUAGCUCCCUCUUCGGAGGCGGCAAGGCUGAGGACGCCGGACGAAACCUCUCUCGACAGCAGAGUCCCUCUCAACCGCCGCCAAGCGUGCCUGCCCGGAGCGCUGCUGCUGCCCCGAAGGCACCUUACGCCUCACCCAACCGACGCGGCACUCCCGCUCGCUCUGCAGCGCCAUCGCCCAUCCCACCCAAAGCGCCCCUCAAACGCCGUCCGAUCCCCUCGGACGCGUCUCACUCAAUCUCGUCAGCCAACCGCAACAAAGAAGAAGGCAACGAGCACUUCAAGCGUGGCGCGUACGGCGAUGCCGAGACAAGCUACACCCGCGGCAUUUCCGCUCUCGAGUCUUCUAGCUCAUCCGAAUCGAUCCGCCUCGUGCCGCUAUUCAGCAACCGCGCCAACGUCCGUCUCAAAAACGGUGACGCACCCGGCACGGUCGCCGACUGCGACCAGCUGCUCUCCAUCGUGCUCUCCCUCUUCGGCGGGUCGCAGCGGGAUGCCAACGGUCGAAUCGCCGUCUACCGUGCAAGCCAGGAGGCUCCUCUCCCCGCCGAAAUCGCCGACAUCAACCUGCGCGAGACCUACGGCAAAGCGCUCGUCCGCCGCGCUCAGGCACUGGAAGCGGCCGAACGCUGGAAGCUCGCCAAGGCAGACUGGGAGGUGCUGCUGGAGUACGAAAAGGCGGAAGGCUCGGGUGUCAAGACGGGAGCGAGCAACAUGAAGUUUGCCCGCGAGGGUCUGCAUCGGUGUGGCAAGAUGUUGGGUGAGAAAGUGGUUGGACCUGCUGUUUCCUCUACUGGUCCUCCCGCUCGCACCAACAACGCACGCGCACCCACUCGAAGCAGAACCACUCCAGCCGCUGCGGGCGAGAAAGCCAGCGCGGCAUUCGCCAACCAACAACAGCAACAGGCGGCAGAAGAGACGGAGAAAUUCGCGCUCAAGGACAGCGUCGAUGCCCGCAUCGAGGCGUGGAAGCGCGGCAAGGAAACCAACCUCCGCGCACUCCUCUCUUCCCUCGAUACGAUCGUCUGGCCCGAACUCGGAUGGAAACCUAUUGCUCUCCAUCAGGUGCUCGAUCAAGCAGGGUUGAAGAAGAACUACACCAAGGCCAUCGCCAGGUUGCAUCCAGAUAAGAUUCGGAAGGACGCGACCACCGAGCAGAAGAUGAUCGCUAGUGCCGCGUUCCAUGCGAUCAACGAGGCGUGGAAUGCACAGCAGUAG